AUGCACCCAACUGUAAGAAGUCUAGGAAGGUCUGUGUGGAAGGGACCACACAUUGUGCCUCUUCCCAUUGCGAAAGCCGUCAAACACAAUAUCCCAAUCAGGACAAAAGCACGAAGCUGUACCAUCAUCCCACAAUUUGUUGGAUUGAAAUUUGAGAUUCAUAAUGGUAAGGACUACGUCGAAGUGGAGAUAAGAGACGAUAUGGUUGGUUGUAGGUUAGGAGAGUUUGCACCCACGAGAAAGAGAUUCGUUUACAAGUACUCCAAGAAUUAA